AUGGAAAAGAGAAGCAGUGCCAGACGGUGCUUGUUAUCAGACUACUCCGAGAUGGGCGCAACUACAGAGCGCUUGAUCAGCGAUCUUCAGAUGACCCCGACAGUGCGGCCAACCCAAUUUGACGAGCAGAAUGGGCUCCCCCGUCGAGAAUACCGUGUGAUGGGUAUGGCGUCUCGACAUUGGCACGCGAGCUCGGUGACAUGCAAUCGAUUGCGGGGGAAGGCAUUGCUCCUACCGCCUCAACGCCAAGCGCCGAGACCGAGUGUUCCUCGCCAAUCCCAACAUGUGGGAAGCAGUGCGAAACUUCCAGCAAAGAGGCCAAUCAUGAAGACCGGCCUCAUACUACACAUUGGUGGCCGGAGGAUCAAUGGCAACCGAAUCAUAUCCCAUGCACUCCUGGACCCUUGA